CCUCGAAGCUUCUGCUUAACGUCGCGUCACCGUCCGUCGGUUCGGCGCCGCUGCCGGAGUCUGGCUCGCGGCGGAGGGCGGGCAGGGUCGCCGCGAAGCGGGUCGUGGAGGUGCCGUCUGCUGCGAAGCGCACGGAGGCGGCGCCGCGGAGGCUCUUCGCGACGCUGCUGCGUUCAUCGCGGUCGAGGUCUGGCGCCACAGCGCCGAGUCGGGCCGAGGGCUGGACCCGGGUCCGAACGCGAACGGCCAUGUCCGGCGAGGACGCGCGUCAGUCGGUGCUUGGAUGUACGUGACGCCGCUGAAGGCCGCGGGCCCGUGCGCUUCGGUACCGGGACUGUUGACGUGCAACACGGCGGGACCGGCGACUCCAGCGGCCGAGGACGAGUUUCACCACAGUAACAUCAAGAUUUAAAAAACGGAGAAGUUACGACGUCUCCUAGAAACAAGCCGUACACGUGACGUCACCGGUUUUCCCGUGACGCGUCCAAUAGGUGAAACCCUGACCGUGCUCGUGACGUCAUAGCGCCCUUACUAUUAUUCCUUGUGUCGGACCCACGUGACACACGUCAGGACGGUCACCUGCCGGAGUUUACAGGCGUCAGUAAACAUGUGACGUCACGCGCUACAGACCAGACAAACAGAAGAAACACAAGCUCAAAAAAACAAAACAAUGAAAACGUAUUUAUAUCAGACUGGUAUAAAUAAGUGUCGGAGAGGUUUGUUGUGAUGAGGAAUUCUUCACGAGCUUUCGUGUCCAGCGCGAGCCUAGUCGCUGCAGGCUGCCCUCUGGCGGCUGUAGCUGGAGGCGCAGGUGCCGUGUCUGAAGUUCCAACAGCUGUGUCUCCUGUUGAUCAGAACCAGCUUUAUUGACGGUGAGGAACCAGGAAAGUGCUUUGGGACAACGUGCAAUAAUGAACAAAACAUAAUAACAAUAAUAAAUAAUAAUUAUAAAUGACAAUUAAAAAAACACAAAUACAUGAAUUAAUAUCAAUUAAUAAUAAUAGAAGUAACUAAUAAAUAAAUAAACCACGAACAACAAGGGCUCUUCACAAAUUAAUCGGUCUGAGUCAAAAAUGACAUGGCGGUUCUGGUCCAACCCUGAACGCGUCUUUACGGUUGGGACAUGAAAUGGAGCAACCAGGCCGCGUCCCUGUCACCUUCACUCGCCAGGUCUGGUCUCUGUGUUGCAGAGCAGGAUGUCAGCCAGAGGGGGAAAGAAGAAGGUCACCAAGUUGUCCCGGUCCGCACGGGCGGGGGUCAUCUUCCCGGUGGGCAGGAUGAUGAGGUACCUGCGCACCGGCACGCACAAAUACCGCAUCGGCAUGGGGGCGCCGGUCUACAUGGCGGCCGUCAUCGAGUACCUGGCAGCAGAGAUCCUGGAGCUGGCAGGAAAUGCAGCGCGAGACAACAAGAAGGGCAGAAUCACUCCCAGACACAUCAAGCUGGCUGUGGCCAAUGACGAGGAGCUCAACCAGCUCCUGCGCGGCGUCACCAUCUCUAAUGGCGGCGUAUUACCUCGUAUCCACCCCGAGCUGCUGUCCAAAAAGAGGGGCGGACGCGUGGUCAGUCAGGCAGCCGCUCCAGAGAAGCAGGAGUCUCGGACCAAGACCAAGAAGCCCGCUAAAACCUUCAAGAAGUUUAAAGGCAAACGUGGACGCAAGCCAAAGAACACAGACAACGACAAAGAGUCGGUACCGAGCUCCACAGUGGACGACAGUCCGGGAGACGGCUUCACCAUCUUGUCGGCCAAGAGCCUGUUCCUGGGUCAGAAGCUCUCACUCACAGAAAGUGACAUCAGCAAAAUCGGAACCAUCAAGGUGGAGGCCAUCAUCAACCCCACCAACGCGGACCUGGACCUGAAGGACGGCGUCGGUGAGGAGGCUGCUGGUCGACCCGUCACAUGGUGGCCAAGUUCUGACGCUGCUGCUGUGUUCGCAGGCAACGCCUUGGAAAAAGCCGGAGGACGCGAGUUCAUGGACGGGGUCAAAGAGCUGCGGAAAUCACAGGGCCCCCUGGAGGUGGCGUCAGUGGCGGUGAGCCAGGCCAAUGGGAUGGCAGCUCGAUUCAUCAUCCACUGUAACGUCCCUCAGUGGGGCUCGGACAAGUGUGAGGACCAGCUGGAGAAGACGGUGAAGAACUGUCUCUCCGCCGCCGAGGACAAGAAGCUCAAGUCGGUGGCCUUCCCUUCUCUCCCGGCCGGAAGGAACGGCUUCCCCAAACAGACAGCAGCGCAGCUCAUCCUCAAGGCCAUCUCCAACCACUUCGUGUCGUCCAACAGCUCGUCGCUGAAGAACAUCUACUUCGUCCUGUUCGACAGUGAGAGCAUCGGCAUCUACCUGCAGGAGAUGGCCAAGCUGGACGCCAAGUGAGCGCGGCGUCAGCGGCCUCGGCUCUUUUUUUACCUUUCUGUUGCUGUUGUAGGUAGAAGCAGACAGCAGGGGGCGCUAGUGGCCCUCGCUCUCUCUGAGGCAACUUUGUGAGUGCAAUUUUCUGUUGGUGUCUUCUCAUCAUGUCGUUUCUGUUGUCUCACUGAUCGUUUGACAUUCCGUGUACAAAUAGUUGCUUUUUGCUUCUGUAGUUUGGAUUGUUUACCAACAAGUCUGCAGGAAAUAAACCUCAGAUGUUUUACACCCCUGGAUCUGCUGCAUCUCCUCAGUCUGACUCCGGUCGGAACAUGACGCCUUCGCAACUCAACUGAACAAAAACAAAAGCUUAACUCGGUGAAACGUGCGGAAACACU